CAAAGGUAGACUCAAACGUUUAUAGAAUUCGACUGCAAGGUUCCUAGAAAAGUUCCACGCAUCGAUUUCAUCGGGAACGUAAUAUCGUUUAAAAGUUGCUAGAAAAUUUACAAAUUAUCGUUAGAUUAUUAGGUCGCAUCAUAAUAGCGGAAAUAUGCGUAUGUAUAUUUUCCUGUUGCUGGUCUUCGUAGCUGAGACGUUAGCUCGAGCAAAAUAUAAAAAGGACACCGACGAUAAUGCCUCAUUCAAGGAUAGUGUCUCGGUUUCUAUGGGUCCAGAUCGUUUAAGCGGAGAAUUUGAAAAAAAUUUCAAUAUGAAACCAUUAAAACCAUUAACUAGUAUACUAGAUAUACUUGGACUAGGUGAUGAAUCAAAAGAAAGCGAAAAGAUAGGCUUCGAUAUCAGUGGCGCAGGUGGAAUCGGGGUUAAACCCAAAUUUUCAAUCGAUAAAAACGGUAUUGAUAUCGGGAUGUCGCUCAACGGCGCGGGCGGUCUGGAUUUUGGAACAUCGGAUGACGUUAAGAACCGCCAGAAGGAAAAGCAUUCCAAUAAACAUAAUGAAUUCGAAACAAAUCACAAAUGGUGGAAGGUGUCCAACAACAAUCAUGAGAUCUCGGGAGCGAUUAGUAAUAAUAAAGAUGGCAAGAAACACAAUAAUGGGCAAAGCGAGUCGCACGAAGAUCGUAAUUAUUGGGAUGAAAGAGGAAUAGUCGUUGUACCUUUCUUUGAUGAAUCGGGCGAUGCCAGCGGAAAUGACGACAAAACACAGUCAAUAAAAAGAAACGAAAUAAAUGAAAAUACCGAUGUAGCAAUAGGAGGCAUUAUCUUCUUACCGUGGGGAGAAUCUGAUGAUACCUCGAGCAAUGGCAAACAUGAGAGCGAAAGUGAAUCUCACAAAUACCAAAAUAAUUACGAUGGAAAGAAGGGAGUCACUGGCAGUACUCACGUAGGAGGAGGAAAAGUUAUAAUCUCUCAUGGCAAUAGUGGGCAGUCCAGUAGUAACGAUAAAGGACAUAAUGGAAAACACCAGAAUAAUUACGAUGAAAAGAAGGAAAGUAGUGGUAUCCAUGUAGGAGGAGGAGGAAAAAUCAAUAUUUCGCAUAGCAAUGGUGGCCAAUCUAGCAGUAACGAUAAAAAGCAAAAUAACGGUAAAAAGCAAAAUAAUCACGAUGGUAAGAAGGAAGGCACUGGUAUCCAUGUAGGAGGAGGAGGUAAAAUUAUAAUUUCUCAUGGCAAUAGUGAGCAAACCAGUGAACAACACAAUGGAAAACACCAGAAUAAUCACGAUGGAAAGAAAGAAGGCACUAUCCAUGUAGGAGGAGGAGGAAAAGUUAUAAUCUCUCAUGGCAAUAAUGGGCAAUCUAAUAGUAAUAAUAAAGAACACGACGGAAAACACCAGAAUAAUUACAAUGAAAAGAAGGAAAGCACUGAUAUUCAUGCAGCAGGAGGGGGAGGUAAAGUCAUAAUUUCCCAUGGUAAUAGUGGACAAACCAGUGAACAACACGGUGGAAAACACCAGAAUAAUCAUGGUGAAGAGAAAGAAGGCAGCAUCCAUAUAGGAGGAGGAGGAAAAGUUAUAAUCACUCAUGGCAAUAAUGGGCAAUCUAGUAGUAAUGAUAAAGAGUACAACGGAAAACACCAGAAUAAUCAAGAUGGAAAGAAGGAAGGCACUGAUAUUCAUGCAGCAGGAGGGGGAGGUAAAGUUAUAAUUUCCCAUGGUAAUAGUGGGCAAAGCAGUGAACAACACAAUGGAAAACACCAGAAUAAUCACGAUGGAAAGAAAGAAAGCAGCAUCCAUGUAGGAGGAGGAGGAAAAGUUAUAAUCUCGCAUGGACAAUCUAAUGGUAAUGAUCGAGGAUAUAACGGAAAAGAUAAUCAAAGUAGUCAUAUUAAAAAAGGAGGUAGUGUCGUAAUUUCGCAUGAAGGACAUCAUAGUGGUCACAACGUAUCAAAAGAACAUCAAGAGUCAUCGGCGAAAAAUGGGACUAAGAAAGACAGGAAAGAUGGUGAGCUAAAGGGAGGAAAUAACCAUAUAGGUGGAAUAAUAAAUACUACACUGUCGCGUAAUCACAACGGAAAAUCCAGUGGCGAUGGUAAAAAACACAAUAGCGGCGGAAAUGGGGGCAUUAUCAGUCAUGGAAUAGGAGGAAGUACCGCUCACGGCAAUAAUAACAGUGUAAAAGGCAUAAACGGGACUAUCAAUGGGAACCAUGGAAGCCGAAGUGGGAAUUCCACCGGACAUGGUAGCCUGAUAUCGACAGAUGGGAAAGGAUCGGGCAAACACGACAAACACGACGAACGUUCAAAUAACUGCAACAGAUUUCUCGAAAAUAAAAAUGCGGAAAAUGGGAAAUGUGGUAGCGAUAUAAAGAACACGCUGAAGUCUUUUCAAACAAUGUCUCACUAUGUGGGCGACAUCUUUUAUUCCUUGCUGGAGAUGAAGGAGGCCGAUCUACGCAACACGCUAUGUCACAUUUUACCUCGCAACAGUAAACUCUCGUGCCACCUAGGUUGUAAUAUUCUACGUGCCAGAUCUAUCUAUAAAGUUGCCUGAAGCAAUGUCGUUAAACGUUACACUUAUCGUCUCAGUAAAGAUUAAGGCCGAUAUUCACAGCUGGAUCUUAUAUUUAAGACAAUCUUAAGUUCCCCUUCAGUCCCCCUUACUCCGUAACCAAUGAAAUGAUCCGCAUAUCGUCUGAAGAUACUUAAAACGAUCUUAAAUAUAAAAUCCGACUAUGAAUACUA